AUGAGGACCAGGAGAUCGAAUCGCACCAAAAGCUAUGCUGUAGAGGAAUAUCACUUUGGAGACAGCUCCGCAGAGGAGGAUGGCAGCGCCCCGCUCCACCACAAGACCGAAGAGCAAGACACCAAUUUCGAUGAGGCCGCCCCAGAGGAAGAGGAAGACGACGACGCAGCAGAGGGCGACGGCGACGGCGACAGCGGGGUAAGCGAUGCAGGGAGUGUCGAUGUUGACACGAUGCCCGCACGACGUCGCGCAGCAAAGUCGGCGUCGGAAAAAAGGCCUCAGCCAACGCCGAAGCCUGCCGGCAAGACGGCCAAGCUCUCUGGAGGCUACCUGGAAAUUCCACUGCCAGCGCAAGACGGCAGCCACCAACCAAAGACGUACAUUGGCCCCAACGACCGCGCUGUGCGCCGUCAUCACCUUGUCUCGGCGUGGUACGGUCCCGACGAGCAGCGCAUGCAAACAAUGCAAGCCCUGCUCGACCGCUGGUUUCAGUGGCCGGUACUCCCGCCAAGAAAGCCUCUGGACGAAUCAAAUGUUCCCUCCAAGGGCGCCUGGUUGGACGACUACGUGGGCAGGGAGGGCGCGCUCGCUGCAGGCUGGCGGGCUAGGGUAGAGGAGGCAAUGGGGGGACGCCACCCGUUACGAGGCCUGUCACCAGCAGAGGCUGCGCCGUACAGGUUUCCAAUGCACAGCAUGCCUGUCCUCGUUGGAAAUGAGGCGCGAGAGGAGUUUCUGUUUGUCCCAGGCGGUGGUUACGCAAUCAGCCAGGCAGGUAUACCGUUCGACCAUGAUGAGAGCGAUAACAAGGAGCCUAGCGGAUGGAUGUUUGACACGGGGGGCAUCGUCACGAGCAUGGACUGGGCACCACGACAGCGCGAGCCAACGACACAGCUUCUCGCCGUCGCCGUCAUGCCGCACGCGGAUCAAGAGGUGCACGAGUUUGCGGACGAGGCGGCCAAGAUGCAGUUUCAGUCGUACGGUACGGUGCAGCUGUGGGAGGUGCAAGGAGAAGCAGCUGAUUCAGGUUCGGCGACGGCGACAUCAUUGCCUCCCAGACUAUUGACGACGUUGUGUCUCCCACAUGGUAGGGCGAGGCGGGUACAGUGGAAUCCGGUGGGUGGCCAUCUCGCUGUGCUGUGUGCAGACGGCGCAGUGUAUGUUUUCGAAGCCGACCCAGGCACUCAAGGAGCUCAAAAGACUGAAGAUUUCGAGGAGCUUCUCAGCCCCGUCGCCGUCUUGUUUCUACAGGACGAGGGCGGCAUCGACGCGACGGCCAUGAGCUGGGCCAAUAUGAACAGGCUCGUGGUAGGCUACUCCGACGGCUCUGUAGCACUCUGGUCCAUCUUCCCCUGUCAUCUCCUUUCUCGCCACGCUGUUCAUCACAGCCACGUCGUGGAGCUCGCUACAGGCUACCCAAGCAUGCCGUACGUCGUGGCGGCGACACCGCUGGGCGGCACAAUGCGGAUUCUGGACCUCGCGGCGCCCAGCUACGAGUUUACAGAGGUCCAGGCCAUCAACGUAGUCACACAGCCUGGCUUAUUGGCCUGGAGCGACCACAUGCUGGGAUUCUUUUCCAUCUAUCCCUCUGCGCGCGUCAACAACACCGUCAUCGGUUUCAUGCACCACGCCAACUUUCCGCUGUUCCGCACGACGUUUACGGGCGACAGUUUCCCCUCGUGCAUCGCCACCGGCAAAACACACCCGUUUCUGCUGAUUGGGCUGAUGGACGGCUCGGUCUGGUGUCUCAACCCGCAAGUCGAGCACUUCAACAGCCGCACCGACGCGACCUACCGCCUUCGUCUGUUCCAGCACGAGCACCGGCCUCAUCGCCUGUUCGCAAGGGACUCCCCGGCGGGGAUGCGAGGCGCGUCGCGUGUGGCCCAGGGGUUCGAGGUGGAGCGAAAUCGGAACCCCAAGAACGAGACGCAGCCGGCGACGAAGAAGGGCAAGGCGGUCAAGAAGAAGAGCGCGGUGCAAUACGAGGAUGAUGAAGACGAGGUGCUGAAAUCAAGCGACGCCUCCCGUGCGGCGCUGCACGAGCCUCUGACAAGAGUAACAACGAUGGAGUGGAAUCCCAACCAAGGCUAUGGGUGCUGGGCGGCGGCGGCCCUAGGCUCGGGCCUUGUGCGCGUCAUGGACCUGGGGAUUGAAAUCAAGGAUGAUGACGAAUGA